AUGUUGUCAUCAGUUCCACAGAGAAAGACUCAGUGGAAAUCAAAGAAGACAGUACAAGUCACGAGAUCCUACCCAAUCUUCCCCUCCCUGAAUGUCGGGGAAGAAGUCAGGGGCCUCUUGACUGUGGAUGGGGAGCCAAACCCUGGAGUGGGCCUGGGUGUGGAGGAGGGAUUGCUCUGCCAGAUGGUUCACUCUCCAGAAUUCAACCUAUUUCCUGACUCAGUGGUGUUUGAAAGCAACUUUGUCCAGGUCAAAAAGGGCAGGAACUGGAUAGACAUCUACAAAGCCUCCAACACCAUGGCCGUUGGGGUGACCUCCUCCGUGCCCUGCCUGCCCCUUCCCAAUAUCCUCCUCAUGGCUAGUGUCAAAUGGCACCAGGGACAGAGCCAGACAUGGAACAGACCAUCUAAAGCCCCAAACAUCAUCCUGAAGAGGAUACUCCCCCUGAAGUUUGUGGAGCUCCAGGUCUGUGACCGGCUUCAACGCAUCCUGCGGUUGAGGACAGUCACUGAGAAGAUCUACUACCUAAGGCUCCACCCUGACCACCCAGAGACUGUCUUCCGCUUCUGGAUCCGACUGGUUCAGAUUCUGCAGAAGGGCCUGUCCAUCACCACCAAAGACCCUAGGAUUCUUGUCACUCACUGUCUGGUACCCAAGAACAGCUGCAGCCCCUCGGGAGACUCGCACUUAGUACAGAAGAAACCCCAAGCCUCCCAGCCCAGCGAGAGCCUCAUGCAGCUGAUGGCGAAGGGGGAAAGUGAAGCACUCUCUCAGAUUUUUGCCGACUUGCACCAGCCCCGCCAGUUAAGGAGCAGCAAAAAGACACAGACCAAAAGGGACAGCCCAGAGAAAGAUACUCCCAGUGAAGACAGCAUCCCUUGUACCCGAGACCUCAGCUGGAGGGACUCGUUCACUUAUGGAGAGUGGGAAAGAGAGAACCCCUCGGGUCCACAGCCCCUUUCACUCCUCAGCACCCUGGCAGCCUCCACGGGGCCACAGCUGUCCCCACUCAUAGGAAAUUGUAUUUGAACCACGCUUUCAUUCUGGGGAGAAUCUAUGCAGCCCUCACCAAUGCCACUCUGCAGCCUUCAGCUUUCUGAGGGACUCUAUCUGGAUGUGGAGGAGGAGAAAGCUGCAACUAAGGAAACACUAGAAUCAUCUCACGCUGAUAGCAUAGCCUUUCCUUGGAGAACCACUUGCGAGCACGGCUCCGGGUGAGAAGUAUUAUUCCUGCAUCGUUCUAGUAUGUCAUUCCACGUACUCGGGGUCCGCACCGCCACCUGUCACCACACCUAGCCUCCAUCCCACCACCAGAGCGAGCACAAGAAGACAUGCUCUCAGAAGGGCCAGGGCCCAGAGGUGGAGAGAAGGAAGGAAAGGGAAGCAGGACCGGAGGAGACGUGGAAGAGACCAAAGUGGAGGCGAAGAGAGGAGGUGGAGGGAGGAAGUCCGAGAAGAGGGGAGAUCUCGCGGCGAGGCGGUAACAGAAGGAAACAGAGGGACCUGAAAAAGAAGCUGGAGAGGAUAAGAGAAGAAACACACCACUGAGAGAUGCCUCACCAAGCUUCUAUUUAUCUAAUUUAAAACUUGAAAGUAAGGCCAUAAACCAAAAGAGAAAUGUCUUUUCUUCUCU